AUGGAGCAGUGGCAGUCAUACACCGAGCCGACCAGCGCUGGCGGUUCACGACGAUACAACGGCUCCAGCCAGAUGUCGCCCAGAGAGUACUCCAGCAAUGGACAGCCCGCGGCGCAACCUCCAGCCGGCUUCAAGUAUGACCAGUACCAAGGCGGCUUAAACCCGCAACAACAACAACAACAGCAGCAGCAGCAGCAGGUGCAGCAGGCAUCUUCAUCGUCUUCGCCCAUGACCAGUCCCCAGAUUCGCGACGGCAACGGAGACGUCGCCAUGCAGGAUGCCCAUGAUGGCUACUCCGGCGUCAAUUCCAGCGUCAAGUAUCCCCUGCGCCCCCAUCAUUCCCACCACCUCUCUGGUGGACGAGCCGCGAACUUGCAGCAAGAGCCCUCGACCGCUGCGCAACGAUACUCACCCAUGGAAGUCUUGUCUCCUACAUCACCAUACAAGUCAACUGGAGGUAGCCAGUAUGCGCAGCCCCAGCAACGACAGUCGCCGACCCGAUCGUCGGACUAUGCCCCGCAGAACCCGUACUAUAACAGUAGUCGCCAAACCGCCUCCCAGCUACCUCCUUUAAACCCCUACUCCUCCAUUCCAGACAACUACUCGCCGUCGAAUAACAUCUCGGCCAUGGACGGUUCUUACAUGGAUCCCAAGUCUCCCAAGCGUGCCCCCCAACAAGCCAUGCAAUUGCACGACAAGGGCCCGGUGCCCGAGUUCAGGAAGAUUCGAGGCCCAUCUGACCUGAAGCCCAAGAUCAGCGCGCAGCCGCCGUUCCGGAGAGCCAACCCUGAGGGAGGCUUCAUCAGUCCUCUCCAAGCUCUCACGGCGCACCUUCCAGCCACGUACCAGAUUUGCAAUCCCAGUUUCAAGUACUCUUCGGCACGGAAUCCCCGUCGUGUCCUGACGAAACCGAGCAAGGGUGUGAAGAACGAUGGGUUUGAUAACGAGGAUAGUGACUAUAUCCUCUAUGUCAACGAUAUCCUGGGCUCUGAGGAAGCCGGGCACAAGAACCGUUACUUGAUUUUGGAUGUUCUUGGCCAAGGUACUUUCGGCCAGGUUGUCAAGUGCCAAAACCUCAAGACCCAAGAGGUCGUGGCUGUCAAGGUGAUCAAGAACCGGACCGCCUACUUCAACCAAAGUAUGAUGGAGGUGUCUGUGCUUGACUUGCUCAACACCAAGCUCGACAAGAACGACGAUCAUCAUCUGCUCCGGCUCAAGGAUACAUUCAUUCACAGGCAGCAUCUGUGCUUGGUCUUCGAGCUGUUGAGCGUCAACUUGUACGAGCUCAUCAAACAGAACCAGUUCCGCGGGUUGAGCACGACGCUGGUCCGAGUCUUUGCCCAGCAGCUGCUUAACGGGCUUACGCUGCUCAACAAGGCGCGGCUGAUUCAUUGCGAUCUCAAACCCGAAAACAUCCUGCUGAAAAACCUCGAGAGCCCGAUUAUCAAGAUUAUUGACUUUGGCUCCGCCUGCGACGAGCGUCAAACUGUGUACACGUACAUCCAGUCGCGUUUCUACCGAUCACCCGAAGUUCUACUAGGCUUACCAUAUUCGUCAGCAAUCGAUAUGUGGUCGCUGGGGUGCAUCGUGGUCGAGCUGUUCCUGGGUCUACCCUUGUUCCCAGGAUCCUCCGAGUACAACCAGGUUUCGCGAAUCGUUGAGAUGCUUGGCAAUCCACCAAACUGGAUGAUCGAGGUGGGCAAACAAGCUGGUGAUUUCUUCGAGAAGAGACAGGAUGAUUUUGGCAGGCGGACAUAUCACCUGAAGAGCAUGGAGCAGUAUUCCCGGGAGCACAACACCAAGGAGCAGCCCAGCAAGAAGUAUUUCCAGGCGAACACGCUGCCUGAGAUCAUCAAGUCGUAUCCAAUGCCCCGGAAGAACAUGAAGCAGUCGGAGAUUGAUAGAGAGAUGAAUAACCGCAUCGCGUUCAUCGACUUUGUCAGGGGCCUCUUGACGAUCAACCCACUCGAGAGAUGGUCGCCACAGCAAGCGAAACUGCACCCUUUCAUCACCCAACAAAAGUAUACCGGCCAGUUUGUGCCGCCAAUGAACCUCAAGUCUAGCGCCCUGAACAGAUCGCCUGCCCCAGGCACGACGCAGCAGAUUCAGGCCGAAGCUCUGAGCAAGCAGAGGGCACAGCAAGCGCAGGCUCAGGCUCAGGCCAGCUCGGCGGCGCAGGGAGCAUACGGGUCUAUGGGUGCACCGCAGUAUCAACAACCAGUGCAUCCACAGCAACCACCUUUGUACACCAACAACACCAUGUAUUCUCCUAGCGGGUCACAUACCGGCGCGCCACCUGCAUAUGCCAGCCAACCGAGCGGGUACGGCCAAAUGGGCGUACAACAACCGCCUGCCCAAAUGCCGCCAGCAAACUAUGCUGCCGGCGGUAUUCCACAGGUCAAUAUGUAUUCGCAGCAAAACCGUCAGCAACAACAACCCAGACCGCGUGCCUCGACCAUGGAGCAGCAACAAAGCGGUAUUCCCGCUGCCAUUCAAAGGGUGGCCAGCCACCUCGACCCAAGCCAGCCGAUUCGAUUACAGCCAAGUCCUGCUUAUUAUCCACCACCUCCUGAUGGCUUGGUGGGCAUGGACCAGGGCGGGCCAUCGACCAGGACAGGUAGAAGGGGCAGCCGCGCCCAGCAGCCAGGACGCAACUUCAUCCGCAACCUGGAGGAGCGAACACUCGAGGAAGGGUUCAUGGGGAAUAACCAGAGCCCCUGGCACUGA